UAAAAGUAGUCAAACAACAAGUCAACAACAAGUCAUUUACUGUUGACAAGUCGAUCAAGCCUGAAGCCGAAUGCUCCGCUAUUUUCACAAGAUAUCUAUUGCAAGAAACGUUGUCGAUAGCUGGGUUUUAAAACCAACUCAUGUCAGACGUUUUGCGACUACAAGUCAAAGAAUGAACAAACCCAAGGUUCUCGUCACUCGUGGGGACAUACCCAAAAGCGCCAUCAGUAUACUAGAAGAAAAGUGUGAAGUAGAAUUGAUGCCAGAUCAUUCCCCGAUUUCCAGAAUUGACAUCCUGAACAAGAUUUCUGGAAAGGAUGGUCUUUUCUGCUUGCUUACCGAUAAGAUAGACCAUGAAGUCUUAGAAAAAGCAGGUCCACAGCUGAAAGUCAUUGGGACAAUGUCUGUCGGUUAUGACCAUUUGGACAUGAACGAAAUUAAAAAAAGAAAGAUAUCUGUGGGCUAUACCCCCAACGUACUUACCGCUGCCACAGCUGAAUUAACUGUUGCGUUAACGUUAGCCACCACAAGGAGGCUAUUUGAAGCCCAUGAUGAAAUCACAAAUGGUGGGUGGGCCAAAUGUGCUUGGGGACCUUUGUGGAUGUGUGGAGGUGGACUAGUUGGAGCCAAAGUAGGAAUUGUUGGACUAGGUAGUAUUGGUCUGGCUGUGGCCAAACGAUUGCUACCCUUUGACAUAGCAAAGAUCAUGUACUGUGGAAGGCAAGAGAAACCUGAAGCUGCUCAAGUGUCUGGAGAAUACGUGACAUUUGACCAUCUUCUCAGUGAAUCUGACGUGGUUAUCAUCACCUGCCCUUUGAACGAUACGACAAGAAAUAUGUUUGGCCCAGCUCAGUUUGCCUCAAUGAAAUCGAACUCUGUACUGAUAAACACCAGCCGAGGAGGUGUCGUGGAUCAAAGUGCUUUGGUGCAUGCUCUGAAAACGGGACAGAUAACAGCCGCAGGACUUGACGUGAUGACACCCGAGCCUUUACCAGUGGACCAUGAACUGACACAACUCAAAAAUUGCGUGCUGAUCCCACACAUUGGAAGCGCGACACUACAAACGAGAACUACUAUGGCAACGAUGACUGCGCAAAACAUUGUCAAUGCAUUGGAGGGAAAACCCAUGCCGGCCCAGUUAUGUUAAAAGCAAAAGUGAGAGAGGAGUAACAGAAAAAAACAAUUAGGUAACAUUUCAAAACGCCACGGGGUUAGUAUAUAAACGAAUGAAUAUGUAAAUGCAAAAACAUAAAUGAUAGGAACCAAACAGCCUCUCUUAAAAGGGUGGAAAACCUUCCUUGUUUUUAAUAACCUUAAAAGAAAAGAGAAUAUAAGAGAAAUAUAUUCAUAUAACGUAAA